UGAGACAUGAGACUACCUGCCAGACUGCCUACAAGCUCACCUGCUCAGCAAGUGCGCCAUUUGGGACAGAGCCACAGUGUAUUAAGGCAGGAGGCGGUGUAGAAAGCAGAGAUGCGUCAAGUUAUAGUUUGAAGCUUGACUGAGAGAAGAAGCAGAACUUCACCUGAGACAAGCUGAGGGUUGGGUAGCUUAAAAACUAACAACUACGCCAUUAUGGGAUUAUCCUCCAGUCUUCUGGAUGAAAAUAAAUUCAACUUCAUUAAAGGGUGGACGCAGACAGAACUGAGGAAUUUCGCAUCAUUCUACAAGAAGCAGUACUCUCUGGCCUUUCUCUCCCAUGUUCAUGAUGAGCUGGUGCAACGCAAACAAGAGCAUACUCAACUCCUUAAACAGCGGGAUCCCCCACAGGAAGCAGAGGUGAUCUACCAGGAGUCUGUGCUCUACUUUUAUGAUAACAGGAAAUGGAAGGAGAGGUUUUUGGUGGUUCGUGCCAAUUACUCCCUGGAGUGCCACGAGAGUUAUGAGACUUUUAUGAAAGGCAUACUGCCACCGGAUAAGCUGCCAACUACAGGAGGCACUAUUUUGACCACAGAAGAGAAAUACAUGGAAGUGGUAGACAGGUGCUUCCCUGACACUGACAAUGUGAAAGAGGACUUUGCUCCUCCAGUGGUGGGUAUGCCAGGCCAGUUUCCAGUGUACCUCCGACUGCCGUACCAGAGAGACCACUACUUCUGCUUCCUCCAGGAGGCCAAACAAGCCAAGUUUAUCUCUGUGUUAUCUGACUGCAUUCGCCACCAGAAUCAAGACUUCUUAAAGAAGAAGACAUACGAGGUGCAGGCCUUCGCCAAAGCCGUCCAGCUCUACAGGCAGGACAAGGGCUACUAUGAACCGUGGGAUAUGCUGAUAGGCAACGAUGUGCAGGUGCUGACUAAUCUUACCAUGGAGGAGUUGUUGCCGUCUCUAGAGAAAGACUUGCUUCCUCGUCUGAAGGCCAAGAAGAUGGAGAGGAAGAGAAUGUGGUUUGCUACAAUUGAGGCAACAUAUAACCUGGUGCAGGAGACUCUGAUGGAGGACAUGGCUGCUCUGAACGACGAGUGCAGAGAGACAACCAAGCAGCAGAGUGCACUCAUGCGCUCAGAUAUGGAUCAGAUCAUGAGCUCCCAGGCCUUUCUGGAGAGCAAGCUCAGAGCCACUGUAGCUGAUCUGGCUACUGAAUACUGCAAGCAGCACAUAGAGCCUCACCUGCGUGCUGUGCUGGAGGAGAUGAUGGGGCCCAUCAGCCUGGGCUUUGAGGAAGCACGGGAGGUCAGUGAGAGCAUGAUGGAGUACCUGUGCCAGAAAUAUCAGGAGGGUAUGACCAGAGAAGAGCUGCAACAGGCUUUGGAGGAGAUGAGUAAACCAAACUUAGAGAGCUGUUAUGAGAAAGUGAGUGGUCUGAGGGAUCACAUCCAAGAGUUCAACUACCCCAACUGCAGAGGACUGGAGCACAGCACACAGAUUGAUAUACAACAGCUGGUGGACAGCGUGGCAUACACCUAUGGACUACUUCUGAGCAAGUCUCCACAAGACAGCACCAACUUAUUAGAUGCCAUGGUAAAAGCCAGAAAUAGGGUGCUAAAGCAAUAUGACUAUGACAGCAGUACACAGAGAAAGAAGAUUUUCCAGGAAGCUCUGCUCAGCAUCACUCUACCCAGUGUCAAAGCUUUUCUAGCUCCUACAUUCAAAAAGGAACUACCAAACUUCGAACAGUACAUAUUUGACGAUUAUGUAAAUUUCAUCAACGUGGAGAACGUCUAUGAGGACAUACUGCAACAGAUACUAGAGACAGACAUUAGCAAAGUGGUGAAGGAAGCAGCAAGUAUGAAGAAGUACAACUUAUUCAUGGAGUCCAGGUACCGUUUCAGUGUUUCCAGCAUGUACGUCACUCCCCCUGGCAGCCCAGACUACACCAGCACAUUGACAAAAGCCUGCAAUGCUCUGCCAUCCUCCCCUUUGCUGAGUCAUGGCCUAAUGGAAAGCCAGAGCACGGGUGAAGACCCAAUCGUGGCUAAGAAGAAGUCGGAACCGGAGGUCAUCAUGGCCCAGCAGGAAGAGGUUCAGGCACAACCGGAGCUUACUAAUGUACCUACUGGUGAAAACACAUUCGUGGCUGAGAAGAUGGUGGAGCAGGAGGUAAUCAUGGCUCAGCAGGGAGAGGUUCAGGCACGUACACAACCAGAUCUUAUUAAGGUCCCUGCUGGUGAAGACACAGUCAUGGCUGAGAAGAUGGUGGAGCCAGAGGUAAUUGUGGCCCAGAAGGUAGAGGUUCAGGCACAUACACAACUAGAUCUUCUUAAGGAACCUACUGGUGAAGACACAGUAAUGGGUGAAAAGAUUGUGGAGCAGGAGGAAAUCAUGGCCCAGCAGGUACAGCUUCCAGCACAGGCACAACCGGAGCUUACUAAGGUACCUACUGGUGAAGACCCAGUCAUGGCUGAGAAGAUGGUGGAGCCAGAGGUAAUUGUGGCCCAGCAGGUAGAGGUUCAGGCACAUGCACAACCAGAGCUUAUUGCUAGAGGUAAUGAAGUGCUAGAGGUGCCUGCUAAUGCUGCAACUGAGGUACGAGACAGAUCUACCACACCUGAGACACUCACAGUACACACAGCAGGUGUGGAGGAGAUGCUCGUUGCCACUCAGAGUUUAGAGGAGAGUACAUACUCAGGGCCUCCUAAUGUAGUUGCUAUAAACACAGAGACAUUAGUGGACCCGUCUAGCUCUUCAAAUACAGAACCUACACUUAAAUCAGCAGCCCUCACAUUGGCUGAACCUAUUCCAAAGCCAGUGGAAACAGAAGCCAAUGAGACACCAGUCCAGGCUAGUCCACCAGAGGGAGACACAGGGUCCAUGGACCAAGUGUCAAAGAGUGAAACUUCAUCAAGUCUCAAAUUUGUCUCUGCAGAGAGUGAAACAGAGAGUGCAGCCAACAUUAGGAUCAGCUCAGCCGAAGAAACUGCUCCAGGUGUGCCUAGCUCUUCAGGUGUACAACCCCUUGUUGUAGAGGAGCAAAACAGCAACACCACUGGAGAUACCAAAGUUGUGGUAGAUGAUCUCACUUCCCUGGGAGCUCCAAUUUAUGAGAUCAGAGCGAGCAACAUGGCACAAGAUUUUUCUGAUGAUUCAUCUUGGACCACAGAGGAGGAGGGAGACAGCAUUGAGGAAGAUGACCUAACAACGGAAACCACAUCAGCCAUCCCUGAACCGGAGGACUCCGUUAUAGUAAAGUGUGAAACUAUCUCAGACGUUGGCAUGAAUGUUAACAACAACUCUGCAGAUCCCAGUACUGAAGCAGCCAGACCUUUAGAUUGCAUCAAGGAAAUCCGUGCCCUUGUGGUGGAAGUGAUCGAAGUGGAAGAGGUAGCCCAACACUGCCCUGACAGUGGAGACGUCAGCUUAAACACACAAUGAAGGAGAGCUCUGUGUUAAACCAUACAGGACACUUUCUGAACAAAUGGACAUACAGAGGAGCUAAAAGCACUGUCAUUCCAUAACUUAAUGACUUUAUUUCUUUAUUAAACCAAUUUGAGUAGUUUUACAGCUUUGGGAGUUGCAUGAGGGGGGAAAACAAAGUGAGUUUUAAGUAUUUUUAUUAUUGUGUAAAUGUGACUAAGGAACUUAAGUUUAAGCUGCUGUUGAAAGAAUGUAUUUGUUUUUCACACUGUUAUUUUAUGCAAUGUGCUCACAAAUCAAUAAUUCUGUUAAAACCAGUGGGAAUAAAAAAUUAACUCGUGUCUCAAAAAUAAUUGUUAAUAAACCAUACAUUAAAUGAAUACACACACAGUGCAGCUAGCAUUGUGAGUUAUGUUAGCUAGCUAAUGUCAGAGAGUAAAACACAACUUGGUACAUUUUACAUGUAUUUUCGAUGUAAUUUUUUAUCAAAUACAAAAGUUAAUGUUUAUAUUUAAUUAACCUCUUCUAUGCAAACCCAUUUAAACGAAUGGUCUAUGAGCGCUAGCAAGAUUUAGAUGAUUUGUUAAGCUUUCGAUACAAUACGUGACUUCAAAAAUCCUAACAGAUAAUGGAAAAACCCGCCAAUUGCAAUUUCCCACGGAUUUGAACUCAAACAUUUGAGUCAGAACUCGUGCAGAAUCACAUGCUUUCCUGUUACGAAGAGAAGGCACUAGCUAAACAAACAGGGUUUGCUAGCUUUUCAUUUAUGAUGUAUAGUCACUUAGUAACUUGAAUGGUUAUUUUCUCUCACUUCUUUUUUUAACUGCUGACCAU